AUAAAGCUAACCGGAAACUACUGGUUACAGAAUUAAUUAAAAAUUAAAAGAAAAUAUAUUUAUAAAAAAUUAAAUAAAAUAAUAAUAGUUUUAAAUUAUUCAACAACAAGAAAAAUAUGGUCAGAAAAAUUGGUAUAUUAUUGACACAGUUGUUGUUGUUGAUGGCGGUGUUGAACGUACUGUCCGCUAAUGGUCAUGGUUUGGAUUGCGAUAAUCGGCGACCACAACAUAACCAACAACAACAACAGCAACAACAACAACAAGCUGGGGGUAGAUUUGGUGGACAUUUAGGUAGUUUUGUUGGUGGUCUACUAAACAGGAAACCAGGCUUUGGAGGAUUUGGUGGCCAACAACAACAACAACAACAGCAACAACAUUGUGCACCUGGAGGUUGGCAUGGAUUUGGUGGUUCUCGACAGCAGCAGCAGCAGCAGCAACAACAACAACAGGCAGGAGUCGGUGGCCAUGGAGGACUGGGAGCUCAGCAGCAGCAGCAGCAACAACAACAACAGGCAGGAAUCGGUGGCCAUGGAGGACUGGGAGCUCAGCAGCAGCAGCAGCAACAACAAGCAGCUACUGGCGCUUAUGGAGGUCUCGGAGGCUAUGGCUCAGGACUGGGUGCCCAACAACAGCAACAGGCAGCUACUGGCGCUUAUGGAGGUCUCGGAGGCUAUGGUUUAGGAUUGGGUGCCCAACAACAGCAACAGCAGCAACAAGCAGCUACUGGCGCUUAUGGAGGUCUCGGAGGCUACGGCUUAGGACUGGGUGCCCAACAACAGCAGCAACAACAAGCAGUGUUGGGUGGUUUUGGAGGACUUGGAUCUCAGCAACAGCAGCAACAACAACAACAGGCAGCUCUAGCAAACGGUCUCGGAGGCUACGGUGCGGGACUGAUAGCUCAGCAACAACAACAACAAGCAGGGUUGGGUGGCUAUGGAGGGCUUGGAGCUCAACAACAGCAGCAGCAACAACAACAAGCAGCUCUUGCACCGGGUAUUGGAAUCGGUGGUCCCGCAGUCUACGAUACUGGACUGGCAGCUCAGCAACAACAGCAACAACAGGCAGGAAUCGGUGGCUAUGGAGGGCUUGGAGCUCAACAACAGCAGCAGCAACAACAACAGGCAGCUCUGGCUAACGGUAUCGGAAUCGGUGGUCCCGGACUAUACGGUAAUGGACUGGCAGCUCAACAACAGCAACAACAAGCUGGGUUGGGUGGUUUCGGAGGGUUAGGUGCUCAGCAACAGCAACAACAACAAGCAGCUACUGGCGCUUAUGGUGGCGGUCUCGGAGGUUACGGUUUAGGACUGAGUGCCCAACAACAACAGCAACAACAACAAGCAGGGUUGGGUGGUUUUGGAGGACUUGGAGCUCAGCAACAGCAGCAGCAGCAACAGGCAGCUAUUGGCGCUUAUGGAGGUCCCGGUGCCUAUGGUUUGAGUGCACAACAACAACAGGCAGGGUUGGGUGGUUUUGGAGGAUUAGGAGCUCAGCAGCAACAACAAGCUGCCAUGGUCGGAUAAUAAUUAUAAUACUAAUAUCUGUAUAAAAAUAAUAAUAAUAUAUAU